AUGCGCAGCCACCUACCUCACCUCACCAGAUCAUUGGUGAACGAAACUGUGGCAGCUACAACCACUGUACGACGGUGUCAACCUCCAACGCAAACGGCAGUGGUUUACAAUUACAUAACCAGCGGAUUUUUCAUGAAGGAAACUACUCAUGAGGUUGCUGAAAACUCUUCGACAGCCCACGACCGGUUUCGCCCUUCUUGGGGCUCAUCAGUUAGGCGCAGUCCCCUAGUUUCCAUCAACAUUAUGUUCUAUUUGAACCCGAAUCUGAUUGUUCUUUCACAUCAAUUCUAUAUCCCGUGUCUAAGACAUGUACCGCCAUCGCUGAGUCUUUGGCCAGCGAACGAAACGGCCAGGGAAACAUGGCCACUGCUCGCUGAGGACAUCAAAAGACUUUCAGUAUUUGAGUGUCGAUGUCUGCGGAGCAUUGCACGAGUCUGUAUCGCUGAAAUACGUCGAAUGGUAUUCGGAAGAAACAACUCACCCACGAUUGAUGAACUGGUCACACUGCAUAGUUUACGCUGGCUUGACAACGUGCUGCGUAUGCCAGUUGAUCGACUGUGA